AUGGCUCCUAAAGAUAAAAAAAAUUUUGACAAAACAAGACCUAAGGCACCUGUCACAAAUGAUCCUCGUUUUGCUAGUGUACAUAAUGAUCCUCGAUUCUUGAGACCUAAAAAGAAGGACAUGAAAGUUCCCAUCGAUAAGCGUUUUGCUAGUAUGAUGACUUCAUCUGAUUUUAGCAGUGCUCCUCGAGUUGAUCGAUAUGGUCGUCGUAUACAACAAAGUACUGCAGAAAAAGAGUUGAAACGAUUUUAUCGACUUGAGGAAGAUGAUGAUGAAGGCGAAGAUGAGACAGAAGAAAAAUCUUUGGAGCAACUUGAAAAAGAAAUUGCUGAAGAUGAAGAGAAUUUAAAGGAUGAAGAGUCUACAGAUGAAGAGGACGAACACAUCGGAAUAGGACUUCCAUCACGUCAGUACGAUCGCAUGCGUGGUAGAGGUGAUUUUUCAUCUUCUGAUGAAGAUACAGAUGAAAGUGAUUCUGAAGUUGAAGACGAAGAGGAAAAUGAUGAUGAAAUAGACCAUAUUCAACAUAUUCCUGAAGGUGAAGAAACAAAUCGUUUAGCUUUAGUCAACAUGGAUUGGGAUAAAAUUAAAGCAGUUGAUAUCUUUAAGGUUUUAAGUACAUUCAAACCUGAUACUGGUAUCAUCAAGAAGGUGACUAUUUAUCCUUCUGAAUUUGGUAAGGAACGUUUAGCAUUAGAAGAAACUCAAGGUCCACCAAAAGAGAUUUUCAAAAAAAAGAAUGAAAGUAGUAGUGAUAGCGAUGAUGAUGAUGAUGAAGAAGAAAUUACAGAAGAAACUAUUAUUAAAAAUCAAUUAGAAGAAGGAGAUGGACAGGAUUUUGAUCAAGAAGCUUUGCGUAAAUAUCAAUUAGAAAGACUUAAAUAUUAUUAUGCUGUUAUCGAAUGUGAUAGUCCCCAAACUGCUAAGGUUAUUUAUAAGUCAUGUGAUAAUACUGAAUAUGAGAGUAGUGCCAAUUUCUUUGAUUUACGUUAUAUACCCGAUGAUAUGACUUUUGAUGAUGAACCAAAGGAUAUUGCUACAGAUGCACCUGAAGGCUAUGUUCCUUCUCAAUUUACAACUGAUGCUCUUCAACGUACUAAAGUUAGUUUAACAUGGGAUGAAGAUGACAUUAAUCGAUAUCAAAUAACUCGCCGAGAAUUUACUCAGGAAGAUCUUAAAGAACUUGAUUUUAGUGCAUAUCUUGCCUCUACUGAUGAAGAGGAAGAUGAAGAUGAGGAUCUCGAUGCUCUUCGUGAAAAAUAUAGAAAAUUACUUAAUGGGGAAGGAAAAGAACCAUCAGCUUAUGAGGAUAAAAUUGAAAGUGACGAAGAAGAAGGUGAUAUGGAGAUUACUUUCACUCCUGGUUUGAGUGAAGCAGCUGGUGCUCUUGUUAAUAAUAAAGAAGAGCAAAAGGAAGAAACAACGAUUGAAACAUAUUUGCGUAAACAAAAAGAAAAGAAAAAAGCUAAAAAGGCCGCUAAGCAAGCAUUGGCAACAACAAACAAAGAAGAAGAUAGUGAAUCUGAACUUGAUGAAGAUACUAAAAAUGAUCCAUUCUUUAAAGAAGCCAUGACAGAAAUGGAGCAAGAAGGAUUUGUUAAUAAGAAAAAGAAGGAGUCAAAGAAUAGUAAGAAGAAGAGAGCAUCAAAAGAAGAGCGUGAAGCCAAAGCUCGUGAAAGAGCUGAACUUGAGCUUCUUAUGGGAGAUGAUGGUAAGAGUGAAGGCUUUGAUAUGAAGGAAAUCCUUAAACGAGAGAAGCUCGAAAAGAAGAAGAAGGGUAAAAAGGGAAAGAAAGCUGCAGAUACAACUGAAGAUGAUUUCGAAAUUGAUGUUAAUGAUCCACGUUUUGCUGCUGUUCAAGAAUCUCAUCAGUUUGCUAUUGAUCCUACUAAUCCUCAAUUUAAGAAGACCAAGAACAUGCAGAAACUAUUGAGCGUCAGACAAGAAAAAAUGCGAGAAAGUAACAAAGAAAAGGACGAAUGGAAAAAAGAAAAGAAAUCAAACAACGAUGCAUCGACAUCAACAAAAGAAAAUGGUAAAUCUAAUUCAUCUCUUCAACAACUUGUUGCUUCUGUGAAACGUAAAGGCGCAUUAGAUAAUUCAAAAUCUGGUAAACGUCAAAAAAUUUAA